AUGGGUCAGAAGACAGUCCUCAUCACAGGUUGCAGUGAAGGUGGAAUAGGUGAUGCUCUCGCGAAAACCUUCCACAAGAAGGGCCUUCGGGUUUUCGCCAGCGCUCGGAAUACCGCCAAAGUCCAACAUCUCAAGGACAUGGGCCUCGAAAUUGUACAGCUCGAUGUCACCGACGAAGAGUCAAUCAAAAAAGCAGUGUCAACCGUGAAGGCUGCGACCGGUGGAUAUUUGGACAUCCUGGUCAACAACUCGGGCGCAGGUUAUAGUAUGCCUUUACUGGACUCGGAUGUCUCAGUCGCCAAAAAGAUGUUUGAUGUCAACGUCUUUGCUGUCGGCACCGUGACUCAAGCAUUUGCACCGCUUCUGAUCGCCUCGAAAGGAACAAUCAUCAACAUUGGGUCGGUGCUCGGCAAAAUGCCAUUCCCAUGGUCAGGAUAUUACAACGCAAGCAAAGCUGCAGUUGCUAUUAUGACCGACCAGAUGCGCCUCGAAUUCUCUCCCUGGGGAGUCCGAGCAAUCCUCGUCACUACAGGCGUCAUUAGGACCAAGUUCUUUGACAACCUCCCGAGUGCGCCACGUCUACCCGAGAACUCGCUCUAUUACCCUGCAAAGGAUGUGAUUGAGCCUGCAUUGGCUGGAGCUGGGGUAGAGGAAAAUGCUAUGGAUGUCAAUUCCUAUGCCGAAGUCGUGGUCAACAACGCACUCCGAUCAAGCCCCAAGAAGCAUCUUUGGUCAGGAGGUGGCGCUUUAAUUACUUGGCUGGCUUCAACUUUUGGCUGGUCGACUGUAUGGGAUAUGUUGCUCCCGUCUGCUGCUCAUUUGCCGGACAUCACCAACAAGAUCCACGUCGCGGAGAAGGCUGAACACGAUCGGCAGAAGGCAAAAUAAUUACCGUCGCCCUACCUCGAUUCGUUCAAAGCAGCACUUUUCGUCACAAUCUUUAUCGUUCUUUCUCAUUACCAGCGUUCAUUUUUGACGCUUGGCUCGAAUUAUACACUUCCACACAUAGUCGGCCGUCACAGAUCUUUUCCUUGCUUGAAUUCUUUGGCGCUGUUUGUUUCUCUGAUUGUCCCAGCAUUCGUUUUGUUACAGCAUUUUGAAUGGGCUUGGGAGCCAAACAGAGCGCAAA